AAUUAACCAAUGCAUAGGCCUACACUUCUGCUUCUGUUUGAUUUGUUGGACACCUCUUUCGUGUCUGAUGAAAACGUCUUUGACGCUGUCAUAUUUUUGUAGAUCUACAGAAAAGGAGUCCUGCCAUGCCUGCUGGUCGUGUUGAGGUUUUAGGCUCCGGUUUCUUGAUAAUUGUAUUUUGAUACUUUACUUUUGAAAUACCUAACUUGUUAUUUUAGCAAUGAAGGUUUUCAGUUUAAUUUUUGUCGGUUUCUUUGUCAUCGUUUUCGUUGACGUUGUCCAACCAGCAAACGUUCUUCUCAGUGCCGAGUACGGUGCUGGUUCUCACUUUUUACUAUUCGCCAAGAUGGGGGAAGAGCUGGUUAACAGAGGACACAACGUUACUUUCCUGAUUGGCCAAGCUUAUGCAUAUCGCAUCCACCAAGCUCAGUACAAAGAUCUCUUUAACUUCGUAAUUAUUGAUCACGCACGACCUCACUCUGAAGUCUUUGGAGCCUUUAAGAAAUUUGGCGGGCUCUACUCUCACUCGUCCAUUGCACAAGUCUUCAGUUACGAAGAUGCGAUCCGUGAUGUUUAUCUGGAUGAUUGUCGGAAGGUGCUCGCCGAUGACGCAUUGACGUCUACAUUGGCACAUUCAAAUUAUGACAUUGUCGUAUUCGAUGUGAUUUGGAUGUGCGGGGCUCUGAUUGCACAAAAACUAACUAUUCCUUCGGUGGCAGUCGUGGCCGGCCUCGCAAUGCAGACGGCAUACCCGUAUGCAGGAAUUCCGAUAAAUCCCGCAUACAUGCCGAUAGUAUCUACUGGAUUCUCCAAUCAUAUGAACUUCUUCGAACGCCUGGUCAAUCUUUUUAUGGUUUGGAUGGUGCACUAUGGACAAGGCACUCCAUAUUAUACCGGCAAACACUUUAGCCCGAUCAAGGACGAGUUCAACAUCAGGCCCGAUUUGAGUAUGGAUGAACUCCUCAGUGAGGUUGAUAUGUGGUUUGUCGCAAAUGAUUUCGCCUUGGAAUUCUCAGCACCGUUAACUCCGAACGUCAUCCCGGUGGGCGGGUUUACUGCAGGUCCAGCAGGUAACUUAAGCAAGGAGCUGGUGGAUUACAUCGAUAGCGCAGGCGAUCACGGCAUCAUCAUCUUUACACUGGGGACGUACUGUGCCGCCGUUGAUCAAAGCAUCCUCAAAAUCUUCGCAGAUGCCUUUGCAGAAGUCGACCAGAAAAUCAUAUGGCAGAUCGAAGAUACAAUGAAAAGAUCCCUGAACUUUGAUAUACCCGACAAUGUCAAGAUGUUUCCUUGGAUACCACAAAAUAAUCUUUUAGGUCAUUCGAAGACACGACUGAUGAUGUAUCAUGGUGGUAAUAAUGGUCUUCAUGAGGCGUUGUACCAUGGAGUACCCCUGAUAAUGGUUCCAAUUAUUGGUGACCAGCACGACACUGCAACCCGUGUUGUCGAGAGAGGAACUGGACUUCGUAUAACCAGACAAGAACUAAGUAAGCUUCAGGUGGUUGAUUCGCUGAAGGAAGUCCUCUCAAACAACAAAUACAAAGAAAAGGCUUUGCAGUUGUCAUCUAUCUACAGACAUCGUCCACAGACUGCAACAGAACGAGCAGCAUUCUGGAUUGAGCACGUGAUUCAGUUUGGCGGCCAAUACAUGAAAUCACCUGUACCUAAUAUCAGCUUGUUCAAACUUUACCUCAUCGAUAUCAUCCUAUUCCUUGCUCUGAUCGGUGGAAUGUUUUUCUACGUCAUCUACAGAGUUGCUCGAGUGCUCUUUGCUCUUCUGUGGAACACUAAUUUUGAAGUGAAAUAUAAACGAUCUUGAUGCUUGUCGGUCAUGUUGGUGGGUCUAUAAUAAUACGCACAUCUUUGUGCAUGUGGGUGUAAGCUUGAGAAUUUUGGGGUAAUACUGCACCUUUUCCAUUCAUUAUUGUUUUACUAUCUUCAAAAUUACUUCUUUUCAUUCAUGUCCCUUCCAAGGCUUCUGGUCUUUGAUCAACGUAUCAGAGGUUGAGGCUAAUGCCCCUUUGGACAAUAAAUCUAUCAGUGUAGUGCAUUAAAGCACAAUGACCACUUUCUUCCUUACCCCUCUCCUCUCUUUUCUCCCUCUCUCUCUCUCUUGUAUCCUUGUUUUUAGAAAUACACUAGUGUUAUACUGUUAUUAUGGGAUGGAUGCAGUGAAAACCAAAGAAAUCAUUAUGGGAUAUCAGGGUUUGGGCAUGGUCCUCAUGCUUUUUGGUAGUCAUUGGCAGUUUUUUUUUUUUAGUUUGGGAAGGAGACAUAUCAAAAUGUAGUGCUCUAUUGUUUUUUAGCUUCGUCUGUUCAAAUGGCGGUGGAGGAGAGAGCGGUGGCCAUUGCAAUGGGCAAGUACAUUAUAAUGUAGAUGUGGCUUAAGGCUAGGGACGAUAGGGUAUAAUAUUAAGUUGAUAUUUAGUUAAACAAUUUAAUAAAAUGAUGAUAAUUUAAACAUU